GCUCUACCCACUGUGGGUGGAACCAUGUGACACCAAACAGGAAACGGUGGAGACUGUGAGCUUGAGGCACAAGGAGCAAUGGCAGAAACGAGCCUGGGUGUUUUUGGUGCGGUGAGGACAAUCCUACAAAGCGCAGCAGCAGGUUUUGCUUUCGGUGAAGCUGCGUCAUUUGCAGUUGAGCCCACGCUGACUCAGGAUGGCGUCCUGAUGACCGCCGCGACUCUGGCCGCCGGGCGAGCCGGUUCCACGGGGGUUGGGGUGGUGACGGCAUGCCUCGUGUUCACCUUGCUGCUCAUUUCUCUGGGAAGCGGGUUCCUUGUCAGCGCCACGGCGAUGAAGAUGGGGAUCAAAGUUGGGGUGAGGCCGUCGUGGUUAGUGGAGGCCACAACGGGAGCCUCUGUUGUGGUGGGCGCUGUCACUACAGGAGUGUUAGCUGGCAUCCUUCCACCAUGGAUCUACAUCGCAGCUCAAGGAAUCCUAGCCCUUAUAGUCUACUCAUACUCCAAUAUUAACGACAUGACCACGGCCCUGUUAAUCAUCUUCACCACUCUCUACCUCAGUGUCGUAUAUGGAAGAAUGGGUGCCAUAGUUGGGCUCUUCAUCAUGGGAUUGACCAUCUCUGUGCUUUGUGCCCUUCGAAAGGCUUUGACAGAGAGGAUUGCACAAAGGCCCAAAACAGAGUGCCAACUUUUGGAGAGGAUAUUCUUCUAUUCUGUUUUUGUGGGGACAAUGGGAUUUUCAGUGGGUUUAGGGGCAGGGGAAGCAGGAGAAGGGUCUGAAGCAGAGGUGGUUAUGAUGCUGCAGUCAGUCCUCUGGGUGGCAUUUCUAUCUGCAGGUCUGCUCGGAGCUGGCCUGGGGACAGUGGCCUCGGUCGGGCUGGGGCCAGACGUGGCUGGAAAGGUCGCUGCGGGAGCUGCCGUAAUAUCAUCAGUUGCCCUGAGAGCCAUUCUGCAAUGGAGCUCUUCUCUAGGGGCCCGAGGCAGCAUGGGGGGAGCUUUAGGAGCAGCUACAGCGGCAGGGCUGUCACUCGGAGCCGCAAGUGUUGCAGCGAAGCAGGCGUUCGGAUCUAGAAAUUCAGCUUUAGCAGUUUUAGCUUCGGUUGCUGUUGGUGCGAUUCUGGCAAUGCGAGGUGUAGCAACCCUGCCGACAACAUCAGAGCUCACGACAGUCGCCCUUGUUGCAGUAGGGGCAUUCGCUCUGGGUGCACCAAAGAGCCCGUUCCACACCCAGGUGAAUCUUCAAAGGGGCCUCCUCUCGGGGCCACAGCUAAUUAUAGGAAUCGGCAUGGAGACGGUCACCGCAGCAGCAGCGCCUAUUGGAGCUGGGGCACUUGGGGCUGCAGCGUUGGGUACCGCAGCUCUGGGGAGACUGGGGACUGUGGGAGUUCUGGUGGCAAUAGCGUUGGCUCUGGGAGGUACUCUUAGUGGCCGAUUGGAAAACCACCACAGAUGACAAGUGCACACAGAGACUGAUUGACCUGAGUUUUUUCUCCUGCCACUCACCAACAUGCCUGAACACAAGGCCAAAGACUAAAGAGAGGUGGUCUGUGUGCAUUUUCAGGUGUGUGUGUGUGCGUGUCUGCAGAUCAUGGACAUAAAAGUAACAUUUCAAGGUGUAUUUUUUCCUAAAAAGCACAUUUGCUUCUUGACAAAUCCUGACCAAUCGUGUCCCAGACAUAAAUGAUAAUGAAUAAAACGGAUGACAUA